GCAAGGCAGCGGCGGCGCCCCAGAGCCCAGGGAACGCGCGGGCCUCGCGCCGCGGGAGCGGACGCUGCGGAGCCGACCCGGGGCUCGCAGCCCGAGGCAGGGGAGCGCGGCCUGCCGACUGCCCGCCCAACAGGCCGCCGUCCUUAAGUGCGAGGAACUCUGUUGGGAGGAAAGAUGUCCUUCUUCAAUUUCCGUAAGAUCUUCAAGUUGGGGAGCGAGAAGAAGAAGAAGCAGUAUGAACAUGUGAAGAGGGACUUGAACCCCGAGGAGUUUUGGGAAAUUAUAGGAGAAUUGGGCGACGGAGCUUUUGGGAAAGUGUACAAGGCCCAGAAUAAGGAGACCAAUGUUUUAGCUGCUGCAAAGGUGAUCGACACAAAAUCUGAAGAAGAACUUGAAGAUUACAUGGUCGAGAUUGAUAUAUUAGCAUCUUGUGAUCACCCAAAUAUAGUCAAACUUCUGGAUGCCUUCUAUUAUGAGAACAAUCUUUGGAUCCUCAUUGAAUUCUGUGCUGGCGGAGCUGUGGAUGCUGUAAUGCUUGAACUAGAGAGACCAUUAACUGAGUCCCAAAUACAAGUAGUUUGUAAACAGACUUUAGAAGCUUUGAACUACUUACAUGAUAAUAAAAUCAUCCACAGAGAUCUAAAAGCUGGAAACAUUCUUUUUACCUUAGAUGGAGAUAUUAAGUUGGCGGAUUUUGGAGUCUCAGCUAAAAACACAAGGACAAUUCAAAGGAGAGAUUCCUUUAUUGGUACACCAUAUUGGAUGGCUCCUGAAGUAGUCAUGUGUGAAACAUCUAAAGACAGACCCUAUGACUACAAAGCUGAUGUUUGGUCCCUGGGUAUCACUUUAAUAGAAAUGGCUGAGAUAGAACCACCUCAUCAUGAAUUAAAUCCAAUGCGAGUGCUGCUAAAAAUAGCGAAAUCUGAGCCCCCUACAUUAGCACAACCAUCAAAAUGGUCUUUACAUUUUAAGGACUUCCUAAAGAAAUGCUUAGAAAAGAAUGUGGAUUCCAGGUGGAAUACAUCCCAGCUACUGCAGCAUCCCUUUGUUACUGUUGAUACCAACAAACCAAUCCGAGAGCUGAUUGCUGAGGCAAAGGCUGAAGUAACAGAAGAAGUUGAAGAUGGCAAAGAGGAAGAUGAUGAUGAGGAAACAGAAAAUUCUCUGCCAAUUCCUGCAAGUAAGCGUGCUUCCUCUGACCUUAGUAUUGCCAGCUCUGAAGAAGAUAAACUUUCUCAAAAUGCUUGCAUUUUGGAAUCUGUCUCAGAAAAAAUAGAACGUAAUACUGCUGAAGAUAAAUUUAAUAGCAAAGUUGUUAAUGAAAAACCCACCACUGAUGAACCUGAAAAGGCUGCAGAGGAUAUUAAUGAACAUGAUACUGACCUAGAAACUGUGGGUGAGCUCCGUAAUAGAAAGACAGUAAUCAAGGAAAAUGGAAGGGAGGAGAAGAGACUCAAGCUUGGAAAUCUGCAUGACACGGAAGACCAAGAAACAGUGGACAUUGAUUUAGUAAGUGAAGGAAAAGAGGAUAAUAUAAUAACUUUAGAAACAAAUAUUAAACAAAAUCUGAAACCUGAUGAAGAAAGGGAUCAGGAAAAGCAACAGAUAUUUGAAAAGGUAAUAAAAUCUGAAGAAAUUAAAGAUACUGCUAUUCAAACAAUGGAUUUAGUUUCUCAAGAGACUGGAGAAAAAGAGGCAGAUAUUCAGGCAAUUGAAAAUAAAGAUGACCUUACAAAGGAAGAGGCACAAGAGAAAUUGGAAAAAGAUGACAAAGCUCAAAAAGAUAUGAUCAGCGAUACGACCAGUGUGAUGGGAACAGAUGAGGCAGUAGAUGUUGCUCAGAAGGUAUUUGAAAAUGCUCAAAGCAAUGAUGAUAAAGAAGCUGUUGAAGUAGAUCAGAAAUUAGAAAGUAAGCCUGUGGUGGGUCCUGAGGUUGGUGGAACUGAGAAAGUUCCUGUUAAAGAAAUGGUUGAAACCGCUGGCAUAGAUCAAAAAUCUGUAGAAGGUAAAGGUGAGGAACAAUUAGUCAACAGUUCAGAGAACAUAGUGGAGACCAGUGAGGAACCCCAAACAAAUGAAGUUGAGGAACUUACUGAGUCAAGUAGCACUGAAGAAAUAGAGGUCAGACGUGCAGUGAUUCAUACUGACCAAAAGGCUUUGGGAAGUGAAACUCAGGAUGCUCAGAAAGCUGGUACUCAGAUCGAUACAGAGCCAGAAGAAAUUCCGGGUGAAGUGCCAAUUAAAACAGAACCUCAAGUUACUGCCGCUUCACAGCCCACUGAACCUCAGCCUGUUCCAAUACCCAGUAUUAAUAUCAACUCUGAAGAUGCAGAAAAUAAAGGGGAAAUAGGUGCUUUAUCAAAAACUGAAACCAUGGUGCUUCCAGAAUCUCAGAAUCAAAAGGAAAAUGAUGCUGAUUCAGGCACUGGCUCCACUGCUGAUAAUAGCAGCAUUGACUUGAAUUUAUCCAUCUCUAGCUUCUUAAGCAAAACUAAAGACAGUGGAUCAAUAUCUUUACAAGAAACAAGAAGACAAAAGAAAACAUUGAAGAAAACACGCAAAUUUGUUGUUGAUGGUGUAGAAGUGAGUGUAACAACAUCAAAGAUAGUUACAGAUAGUGAUUCCAAAACUGAAGAACUGAGAUUUCUUAGACGUCAGGAACUUCGGGAAUUAAGAUUUCUUCAAAAAGAAGAGCAAAGAGCCCAACAACAGCUUAAUAGCAAACUGCAACAACAACGAGAACAAAUUUUCCGGCGCUUUGAGCAAGAAAUGAUGAGCAAAAAGCGACAAUAUGAUCAAGAAAUUGAGAAUCUAGAAAAACAGCAGAAACAGACUAUUGAACGUCUAGAACAAGAACACACAAAUCGCUUGCGAGAUGAAGCAAAACGCAUUAAAGGGGAACAGGAGAAAGAGUUGUCCAAAUUUCAGAAUAUGUUAAAGAAUCGAAAGAAGGAGGUUAUAAAUGAAGUGGAGAAAGCACCCAAAGAGUUGAGGAAAGAGCUCAUGAAACGCAGGAAAGAGGAGCUUGCACAAAGCCAGCAUGCUCAGGAACAAGAGUUUGUUCAGAAGCAGCAACAGGAGUUAGAUGGCUCUCUGAAAAAGAUCAUCCAACAGCAGAAAGCAGAGUUAGCCAAUAUUGAAAGAGAAUGCCUGAAUAACAAACAACAGCUCAUGAGAGCACGAGAAGCUGCAAUUUGGGAGCUUGAAGAACGACACUUACAAGAAAAACACCAGCUGCUAAAACAGCAACUUAAAGAUCAGUAUUUCAUGCAAAGACAUCAGUUGCUUAAGCGCCAUGAGAAGGAAACAGAACAAAUGCAGCGGUACAAUCAACGACUUAUUGAGGAAUUGAAAAACAGACAGACUCAAGAAAGAGCAAGACUGCCUAAGAUUCAGCGCAGUGAAGCCAAGACUCGAAUGGCCAUGUUUAAGAAAAGUUUGAGAAUUAACUCAACAGCCACACCAGAUCAGGAUCGUGACAAAAUUAAACAGUUUGCAGCUCAAGAAGAAAAGAGGCAGAAAAAUGAGAGAAUGGCUCAGCAUCAAAAACAUGAAAAUCAAAUGCGGGAUCUUCAGUUGCAGUGUGAAGCCAAUGUCCGAGAACUGCAUCAGCUGCAGAAUGAAAAAUGCCAUCUAUUGGUUGAGCAUGAGACUCAGAAACUAAAGGAGUUAGAUGAGGAACACAGCCAAGAAUUAAAGGAAUGGAGAGAGAAAUUGAGACCUAGGAAAAAGACACUGGAAGAAGAGUUUGCCAGGAAACUGCAGGAGCAGGAAGUGUUCUUUAAAAUGACCGGGGAGUCUGAAUGCCUUAACCCAUCAACACAGAGCCGGAUUUCCAAAUUCUAUCCUAUUCCUAGCUUGCAUUCCACUGGAUCAUAACAAAGGGGAGCAUUCUGGUGUUGGGUUUGACUUUUUAAAUAUGUCUGUCUGUUCUCUUCAUCUGUGUUCUCUUCAUCUGCCACAGUCUAUAUAAGAGAGCUCUCAAAGACAAUCACCUGCCUCACCUUCUAGGUGUUCUUUGUCCUAUUUGUUUAGCAAAGAUGAAGGGAGACAAAGUAAGAGAUGCUAGGCUAUGUGGACAGAGUAGCAUCUUGUAGUAAUUCCCUAAGGUGAUUUUGUAUAUUAGUCUUAAGAUUGGUGUUCUUUACACACUGUUACCUGAAAAACUGUUAAGAGAUAAAAUGUUUAAAGUUAUUUAAAAGAACACUGUUAUGUUACUAAGUGUCAGUAAAUAUCUUUUUACCUGACCUGAUUUCUCAAUGAUGCGCAAAUUCUAUAGUGAAACUCUGCUGUGGAGAUUUGGAAUCAAUUCUCAUGGAAAAGUUAUGAGUUGUGCAAAAUAUAUUGAUGCAGUAAAUAAAUCUGUUUCAUCUUUAAAUAGUAACAAACUUUUAAAAGAGAAAAAUUAUUUCAAUACCCUUUCUAAAAUAAUUACCUAAGUAUGAAAUAAAAUAAGGGUGCUAGUAUUAUUAAAAUAGUUCUUAAAAACACUAAAUUUCAAUUGAGUACAAAAUAUAGAUUUUCUUUUUUGAUUCAAGGGACAAAACAUCCUUAGCAUUAAAUAUUAUUGUUUUUAAAUCUUAUUCCAAUUAGCAUUUGGUAGAAAUUUUCAUCUUAAAAUAUAUAGUUUACAAAGUUGGAGAGAUGAAAAAAAAAGGUAGCUUUUUAGAUGUCCAAAUUGGAAAAGUAAAACUCACCAAAUUAAAAGAAAUACAGAUUUAGCCACCCCAGCCUAUUUCCUAAAAUAAUACCUGAGUUGAUUAAAUGACUUCUCGCAUCUUAGCAAAUUCUGUUUAAAACUCUGUCAGAGGGCUACAGGCUCUGCGUUAUAUAUAUAAGUGUAUUUUCUGAAAUUAACCUUAAAUGAAGCAUUUUUUCACAAUAUUUUUUUAAAAGGAAUCUAAAUAUUUAGGCAAAUGUCAGAAAUGACUUUUGUUAUUUUGAAAUAAAGUCACUCGUAUUUUGGUUUUAA